CACAUCCGUGUACUGAAUUAAUCAAAAUCCUCACCAAACCGCCUGUUUCGCUACGAGACUUCAGCCAUCAAUAUCUCCCACCACCCAUCCUUUUUUAUCAAAAAAAUACCACUACGCGAUUUCGCAUGAUCUAGGCUAUCUAUUGAUACGAAUUUCGGGACCUUUCGGCCCAUGGCCAUCGCUCUACUGACGCGCUAAAAAUACGCAUGACUAGAGACGGCCGUAAUGGGCAGAACGCGACCCAAGAAGCUCACGCCAAAGGCUUCGAUCCCCAUUGUCGGCGAAACUGAAAUUGAUAUCAUCGAUGAUGAGGUCCAGAGCACUCUACAACAGAUUGAAACUGGCGUUGAGAAGGCGGAGGAGUCGGAAUUCCACCUGCAAGCUGCAAUCAAUGCAACCGCUCAGGGAAAAGUAAACGAGGCGCACAUCCCCACGCCCGAAACCAUCCUCAGUAAUGUCCGUUAUGACGCUCUCUAUCCCCCGGUCUUCUCGCAGCCAGCAACAUACAUCCGCUUCUCGUCGACGGUUGAGGAUUGUUGCGGAUGUCCGUAUAACAUGACUGAGGAGGAUGAUUCCUUCCUCAUCGCCUUAAACGGGAAGCGGGAUGCGUCCAACCAAUGUACCGAGGAUCAGUUCGAGGAGGUCAUGCACUUUUUCGAAGAGACUGCCCAGACGAAACAACCUUAUGCGGCUGUAGAUAGCCCACCAGUUCUCUCGUUUGAGGAGAUCCAAGAAUCCAUGGACGCAGCUGUAGAACAAAGCGUAAAGCAUUUCGCCAAGGACAUCUACCCGCACUGGAAGGAGACGAGAAUCGGUGCCGGAAAUCAAGUAUUGACUUCAAACUUGAAGUUCGAAACGGGCCAAGAGACCGACGAUACAGAUCCAUAUGUCUGCUUCCGUAGGCGUGAAGUCCGCCAGAUUCGCAAAACUCGCGGCAGAGAUGCACAGAGUGCCGACAAGCUGCGGAGACUCAGGAAAGAGCUCGAAGAUGCCCGGCAGUUGGUUGCACUAGUGCGGCAGCGCGAACUGGCGCGGAAGGAGAUGCUUGCUGUUGAACGGCAUGUAUUCUUGCAGCGUUCUGAGGUGAAGGACAUGAAGAGAAAGCUCAACGUCAAAGACGACGACGAAGACCUCAUCAACCAGAAGCCGAAGAAGAAGCCUGCCGAUGCAGCCAUGCAACGCCCUAUCCCUCCUCAGCUUCGUAUGCCACCAAAGGCUGUUUCCCAGGCUGCCGAAGAUUUACAGCUGCUGGAAGAUGUUCAAGCAGAAAAGGAAAACGAAAUUCUGCGCGACAUCAGGCAAAAUAUUGCCAAGCACAUCAAGUGGAACGAGGGCUAUGUGGAUUUCACAAGAGCACCUCUCUCCCCAUCCCCCGAAAGAACCUUCGAAGCUGCUUUCCGUCCGGCAAUCACUACCCAAUUGCCGACUCCACCAUCUUCGGAUACCUCGGAAAAUAUGAUGGACACAUCAUUAGAUACCACCAGUGCCCUAUCGUUCCGAGAUAAGAUAGCACCGCGUACGAUGAUGGAACUGCAUGAGGAUACUAGCAGAAUACCCUCAUUUAGGAGACGUAUUGGGCGUGGCGGUCGUUUGCUAAUUGAUCGUCGGAAUAUUGCUGCGCCGUGUAGAGUGGAGUUGGAUCCGCUGAAGGCCGAUCGCUUCAAGUUUGAUCGCGAGGAUUCGGACGAAGAACUCGACUAUGAGCGAGACCAAUACGACAUCCAGAUCAUGCAGCAUCGAGCCAUAAUGGCGGCCAAAGCCCGAGACCAAGCUGCAGCUGCAGCUCAGGCACAUGCGCAGGCGCAAGCAGCUCACGCUCAAGCCCAGGUUCAGGCGCAGCGACGACUGCAGGCUGAUCAGGUCGCGGGCAACCAUAACAACAUGGGGCAAACAAUGGGGUCAAACCCUGGGCCUGGUGCCGCUGCCCCAACAUCAGAGAUAUGAGCUGGGCUUGCCCUCUGAGUUCCUUCAUUCCUAUUUGCAUGAUGCAGGCGUUGUUGCUUUUGACUCUUUUUCUCGGCACCUUCACCACUUUCCCGACGUGUACUUUUAUUCCCAUUCCGACACCUUGUUCACGCGUUACCACUUUUAUAAUCCUUGCCAUCUUUUCAUACCUUCUCACCAUUCGAACACACCUUGACCAUUGAACGACCUUAAAGCCAUCAAAAGUCAGGUUUAUAUUGGGGAAGCAGUUCUUCCCCUUUCCUUUUUGACGACAUGACCUGGAUUAUGCAACCAUUAGUGUACAUAGCAGCC